AUGCAAUUCUCACUCCACUUCAUGGCUGUGGCACUGGCGCUGGUUACGGCCGCGGCAGCUGCACCUGUUGACUUGGGAGCACGGCCCACGUUUAUGCCAGGCCCGAUUGUGCCUGAUGAGUCGUACACGGGCUACAACCCAUUCAAGGCGGUGGUGACGACGACUGGAUCUGAUAACUAA